GUUUCCCCACAUACUCUUCCACCAGCACUUUAAAACUACACUCAUGUCAUACAACAACUUCAACUUAGCUAUAGAGAUAACCAUGGCUCUGCUACACCAUUUCCUUCUCCUACUACUCUUGCUUCCCAAUAUCAUUGCAGAAUCUGAAGAUCCUUCGGGCCAGUUUUGUAAUACAAAUACUAAAAUAAAUAGCACAAGUCGAGUAUCAGCAAAUAUUGACCGCUUGUUGCCUCAGCUUGUUUCGGGUGCUAUUCUGAAUGGCUUCAUUGCUACCUCCUAUGGUAACGGUGAAGACCAAGUCUAUGGCCUAGCACAAUGCAGAGGAGAUGUGAGCAGCAAAGACUGCUCGACCUGCAUCCAAGAUGCGGCAAAGGAGAUUCGCAAACGCUGUCCAAACGAGGCUGAUGCUAGGAUUUGGUAUGAAUAUUGCUUCCUAAGGUAUAACACAAAGGAUUUCUUUGGACAAGUUGACACAUCUUUUGGUAUUUUCUAUUACAAUGUUCAGAAUGUAACCGAUCCUGAUCCUAAAACUUUCAACAAAGAACUAGGAGCUCUGAUGGACAAGAUUAGUUCACAGGCUGUUGAGCCCACGAACAAAGGGCUUGGGAAAGAAAAAACUAAAUUGACACCUUUUAUAACACUAUAUGCUUUGGUACAAUGCACAAGGGACCUCUCAAAGCUAUCUUGUGCUCAGUGCCUGGCCAUAGCAGUUGGCAACAUCCCAACUUUCUGUGAUAACAAAAAGGGCUGUCGGGUUCUAUAUAGUAGUUGUUAUCUCCGUUAUGAACUCUAUCCUUUUUACUUUCCUCUUGAUUCACAAAACACAUUGACAGAUGCUUCAAAGGUUUAUCAUGUAUCUGUUGUUUCCAAACCUUAGUUAGUUGGUCACAUGUCAAAGAAGCACAAACUUCUGUGUAACAUCAUUUCAAUUUGUAUUUAUAAGCUUUUGAAUA